UCCACCAUAUGAGUUGUUUCGUUUUGACUGGGAUUUAACAUUUAAGUCUGCAGGGGUUGUCUAUAUCAUAAAUAGACUUUGAAGGAUGCAAGUGGUAGAACAUAUAGACUUUAAUGCAGUUGGGGUAGUAUAGUAAUAAACUAAUGGACCAAUUAUACUUUAACAAGAGCUAUAUCUUCUUCUGUAUACAAUUUUCUACAUUCUAUUUUCUACUCUUUGUACGUUUCCAUAUAAUGAUUUGUGAAUAUUGAGGUUUAAGUAGAACAAUUUCUGCCAAUACCACUAGUAACCUUGAGAAAUGAGUGUAAGAAUUGGGGUAUUGUUUGUGCUACUAUUCAUAUUCAUACAUGUAUUGCUUACAUCAGCCCAGAAUCGAGAUAUUGUAUAUCUACAAGCUCUCAUGGAUAACUUGCAUAACACUCCACCAAAUUGGGUUGGAUCCGACCCAUGUGUGGAAAAAUGGGAUGGGAUCUCCUGCAUUGAGUCACGUGUGACAUCAAUAACCCUAUCAAGCAUUGGAUUAAGUGGUGAGUUAUCUGGAGAUAUUGGACAAUUAUCCGAAUUGCAAACACUGGAUCUGUCUUACAAUAAGGAUCUCACAGGAUCUCUUACUCCAGAUAUCGGGAGUUUAAAAAAGUUAUCAAAUUUAAUCCUGGUUGGUUGCGGUUUCAAUGGUCCACUUCCAGAAACACUUGGAUCUUUAACCCAACUAGGCUACUUGGCUUUGAAUUCAAAUGGAUUCACUGGACCAAUUCCACCAUCAAUAGGGAAACUUUCUAAACUUUAUUGGUUGGAUUUAGCUGAUAACAAGCUUAGUGGGCCCAUACCAGUGUCUAAAGGACCCACACCUGGCCUUGACCAAUUGGUCAACAUAAAACACUUGUAUGUACAAAACUACAAAAUCUCAUCCUCUUUUUUUCAUCUCUAUAACACUAAAAAAAAUAAUACAAAUAUUACAGUUUUUUUCUUUUUCUAUUUUCUUUUUCCAUUUAAUUACAGUCACUUUGGAAAGAACAAACUCUCAGGUGAAAUACCACCUCGCCUCUUCAGCUCCAAGAUGUCUCUUAAACACGUGUUAUUUGAAGAAAAUCAGUUAACAGGAACAGUUCCAUUGACACUAGGACUUGUUCAGAAUCUUGAGGUCUUACGAUUAGACAGGAAUUUGUUCAGUGGUGAAGUCCCUUCAAACAUCAACAAUCUUACAUCACUCAACCAGUUGUAUCUUUCCAACAACAACUUUGAAGGCCCAUUGCCCAAUCUCACUGGAAUGAAAAUCCUUAACUAUUUGGAUAUGAGCAAUAAUUCUUUUCAACCAUCAGAGAUUCCUCCAUGGCUUUCAUCAUUGCAAUCUCUAACAACAUUGAUGAUGCAAGAUACAGGGCUUAUAGGAGAAGUACCUGUUGACUUAUUUAGCAUUCCACAAAUCGAGACUGUGGUACUAAGAAACAACCAGCUUAAUGGAACCCUUGAUUUUGGAGAUUCUUAUAGCAACCAUUUACAUUUCAUUGAUAUGACAAAUAACUUAAUUUCUGGAUACACAGAAAGAAGCCGAUACUCUGCUGAUCUCAUACUCAUCAGCAAUCCAAUUUGUAGGGAAUCAGACACAACAGCAUCAUAUUGUGAUCUUCCCAUAGAUUCCAACUCAUCAUAUUCAACACCACAAAACAAUUGUAAUCCUGAAACUACUUGCACUUCAGAUCAAGUUUCAAGUCCAAAUUGUAAAUGUUCAUAUCCAUACACAGGAACUUUGACUUUUAGGGCUCCUUCUUUCUCCAACCUUGGAAACUCAACUAUCUAUACAUCCCUUCAGAGUUCCAUGAUGGUUUCUUUUCAAUCCAACCACCUCCCGGUUGACUCACUUUCACUGAGUCAACCCACCAAGAACUCAGACAAGUACCUUGAAAUAAACCUAGCCGUUUUCCCAUCUGGUGGUGAACGAUUCAAUAGGUCAGGGAUUUCUCAAAUAGGGUUUAUACUUAGCAAUCAAACUUAUAAACCUCCACACUCUUUUGGACCCUAUUUUUUUCUAGGCCACAACUAUGAUUUCUUUGCAGACGCAACAAAAAGAAAAGGAAAAUCAAUUGGAAUUGGAGUUACUAUUGGAGUAGUAGUGGGUGGUUGUGUUCUCGUGCUAUUACUUAUCAUUGCAGGAAUUUAUGCUUUUCGUGAGAAAGGAAGAGCGGAAAGAGCUACAAAGAAGAACUCUCCUUUUGCUUCGUGGGACCCAGAUAAAGGGGGAGGUGAUUGUCCUCAGCUAAAAGGGGCAAGAUCUUUCACAUAUGAAGAGCUUAAAACUUGCACAAAUAAUUUUGCAAUCACUGCCAACAUAGGCUCUGGUGGCUAUGGGAUGGUGUACAGAGGGACACUUCGAAAUGGGCAAUUGGUUGCUGUUAAAAGAGCUCAACUAAGGUCAACACAAGGUGGACUUGAGUUCAAAACUGAGAUUGAGCUUCUUUCAAGAGUUCAUCACAAGAAUGUUGUUGGGCUUGUUGGUUUCUGUUUUGAUGAAGGUGAACAGAUGCUUGUAUAUGAGUUUAUUGUCAAUGGUACACUCAAGGAUAGCCUUUCAGGGAGAUCUGGGAUAAGAUUGGAUUGGAUGAGAAGACUGAAAAUAAUCCUUGGAGCUGCAAGAGGUUUGCAGUAUCUUCAUGAUCUUGCUGAUCCUCCAAUCAUACACAGAGAUGUGAAGACAACAAAUAUCUUACUUGAUGAACGCCUCAAUGCCAAAGUUGCUGAUUUUGGUCUUUCAAAACCAUUAGGUGAUGCUGAUCGCACACAUGUCACCACUCAAGUCAAAGGGACAAUGGGCUACAUGGAUCCCGAAUACUACAUGACUCAACAAUUAACCGAAAAAAGCGAUGUUUACAGCUUCGGAAUCGUGAUGUUAGAGCUAAUAACCGCAAGAAAUCCAAUAGAAAAAGGUAAGUAUAUUGUGAGAGAAGUAAAAGAAGCCAUGGACAGGGAAAAAGACCUUUAUAACCUCCGUGAGGUACUUGACCCGAUCAUCGGUUUGACCCAUGAGCUACAAGGGUUGGAAAGAUUUGUGGAUAUCGCGUUGAGGUGUGUGGAAGAUACCGGAAAUCAAAGGCCAAGAAUGAAUGAAGUUGUGAAAGAGAUUGAGAGUAUUAUGGAACUCGCGGGUUUUAAUCCGAAUGCUGAGUCAGCAUCGGCUUCCGAAAGUUAUGAAGGGAAAAGUAAGGGGAGUGGGCAUCCUUAUUUGAAUGAAAGCCUUUUUUCGUAUAGUGGAGGUCUUUUGGAUUCAAAUUUGGAGGCUAAAUAAUGGUGUUAUGGUAUGUUAUGAAUUCGGCUUAUUUGUGUAGCGUGUUUGAUGGUGAUCGCGUGUAAAUUGUUUUUGAAAUCAUGAAUGUGAAAAAUCAUGUGUGAUUAGUGCAA